GUUGUAGACGGGCUCCUUCCCUCAUCAGUCACCACUGCUGAACAAAAUUACAUCAAAAUUGCUUAGACAUGGCAGCCAGACCAGUAGUUGUGCUUCUUUCUCUUCUGUUAUUUGCCCUGGUUGUGAGGUCACAAGCAGGAGGAAUAGCAGUCUAUUGGGGCCAAGACGGAGGAGAAGGUAGUUUGGCUGAUACAUGUGCCACAGGCAACUAUCAGUUUGUGAACAUUGCCUUUCUAGUUGCAUUUGGCGAUGGCAAGACUCCACAGCUCAAUUUAGCUGGUCAUUGUGACCCAACCUCAAAUGGUUGCACCGGUUUGAGUAGUGAUAUAAAAGCUUGCCAGAGCCAAAGCAUUAAAGUGCUUCUUUCCCUUGGAGGUAGCAAUGGAAGGAACUCCCUUUCUUCUGCGGAUGAUGCUCAGCAAGUCGCAAACUACCUUUGGAACAACUUCUUGGGAGGMCAGUCAGAUUUACGUCCAUUAGGGGACGCUGUUCUGGACGGAAUCGACUUUGACAUCGAGGAUGGCACGAACCAGCACUGGGACGAGUUGGCUAAGGCUCUUAAUGGAUUCGGUUCUAAGGUUUAC